UCUGCAUUCUGAUUGGGGGAAACCUUGCAGGAAGCGCAGACGCAACAUUCUUGUCAAGUUCAGGACCAAAAACCGUCACCUCUAGCUACUUUGCCCUGCAUCCGUGGAGCCAGGCUGCUCGUCACGCCGUCUGUUCGACUCUUCUUGACGUGUUAUCAAAGCCGCGUUUCGCUUUUCGGUGUCCCAAAGCGCAGCAGGAGCAGCAAAUCUGUCAGAAUGGCCGCGUAUAAACUGGUGCUGAUCCGUCAUGGAGAGAGCUGCUGGAAUCAGGAGAACCGCUUCUGCGGAUGGUUUGACGCCGAUCUGAGCGAGGCCGGGGUCCAGGAGGCCAAGAGAGGCGGGGAGGCUCUGAAAGACGCCAGCUACGAGUUCGACAUCUGCUACACCUCGGUGCUGAAGAGGGCCAUCCGCACGCUGUGGAUUGUGCUGGACAGCAUCGACCAGAUGUGGUUGCCUGUGCACCGCACCUGGAGGCUGAACGAGCGUCACUACGGUGGUCUGACCGGCCUGAACAAGGCCGAGACGGCCGCCAAGCACGGUGAGGCCCAGGUCAAGAUCUGGAGGCGCUCCUACGAUGUCCCCCCACCCCCGAUGGACCCCGACCAUGACUUCUACUCCGUCAUCAGCGAGGACCGCCGCUAUGCCGACCUGACAGAGGAGCAGCUGCCCUCCUGUGAGAGCCUGAAGGACACCAUUGCCCGCGCGCUGCCCUACUGGAACGAGGAGAUCGUGCCGCAGAUCAUGGAGGGGAAGAGGGUGCUGAUUGCCGCCCACGGAAACAGCCUGAGGGGCAUCGUGAAGCACCUGGAGGGCAUGUCGGAAGAGGCCAUCAUGGAGCUGAACCUGCCCACGGGGAUCCCCAUCCUGUACGAGCUGGACAAGAACCUGAAGCCGGUCAAGCCCAUGCAGUUCCUGGGAGACGAGGAGACCGUGCGCAAGGCCAUGGAGGCCGUGGCCUCCCAGGGCAAGGCCAAGAAGUAGAGAAACCCCUGGAGGGGGGAGGAGGGCAGCGCUCUACAUCUCUUACUCACAGGAGCUCACACAACUCACACAACUCACAUAACCUAGCGCUUAUCUCACAGGUCGCUCUCUUCCGGCACAUAGAAGGCUUAUCAGUAUGGUACACUGGAUGUGAAUAGGCUGACUAAAAAGUUUCUAACGGGAAGCAGACCAAAGUGCAUAUUAGGGACCAGCUGUUGAACCGUACUCAAAACAAUGCAGAGCAUAUUCAUUCCACAAACUGAUACGAUAAGCUUGGCUGCCAUUGUGGUGCACUGGAUGUGAAUAGGCUGACUAAAACGUUUCUAAAAGGAAAUAUCAGCAGACCAAAGUGCAUAUUAGGGACCAGCUGUUGAACCGUACUCAAAACAAUGCAGAGCAUAUUCAUUCCACAAACUGAUACGAUAAGCUUGGCUGCAAUUCAUUCUCCCAUUUUCAGUAAAACACUUUCAGGUUUAUUAAAGUAGGUUAAUAUUUAUUUGAAGAGUUUAACAUAGUAUACUUUGUGUGCUGCAUAGAGUGUUGUAGAGUGUUUGCGCUCAAAGUAGAAAGUUAACCUGGCACAUUUUAAAGGGAACUUUUAUCUUUAAAAGUCA